UAAAAUUUUUCUGACUUUCCGAGAAAUCAAACGUGGAAGUUUCACUCCUCUGAGGUCAGAAGAGAACCUUCCCUCACUCGCCGCCACUUUUUAUCAACUUAUUCUAAACGCACUUUCUUUCUUUCUUUCUACACACUCCAAAACACAACCUAGUUUGGGUUUACAAUUCCCAAACAAAAAACAAAUCAACCCCAAGCAAAAUUCCCCAAAUCAUGUUUUUAUCACAGCUCUAGGGUUUCAUCAAUUUCCCCCAAUUCUCAAUCAAUUCAUGCAAUAAUCGAUUCAUCUCAAACCCUAAGAAGAACACGAUGUAUAGCAAUUUCAAGGAACAAGCAAUAGAAUUCGUGAAACAAGCAGUAACAGAAGACAAUUCUGGAAACUAUGCAAAAGCCUUUCCUUUAUACAUGAACGCGUUAGAGUAUUUCAAAACUCAUCUCAAGUACGAGAAAAACCCUAAAAUUAAGGAAGCAAUUACGCAGAAAUUCACCGAGUAUCUUCGUCGUGCGGAGGAGAUCCGUGCUGUGCUUGAUGAUGGUGGGCCGGGUCCAGCUUCUAAUGGAGAUGCUGCUGUUGCUACUAAGCCGAAAACGAAGGGGAAGGGUGGUGGGGAGGGUGAAGGGGAGGAUGCUGAGCAGAGUAAGCUUAGGGCGGGGUUGAAUUCCGCGAUUGUGAGGGAGAAGCCGAAUGUGAAGUGGAAUGAUGUUGCUGGGUUGGAGAGUGCUAAGCAGUCGUUGCAGGAAGCAGUUAUCUUGCCUGUUAAGUUUCCUCAGUUUUUUACUGGUAAAAGACGACCUUGGAGAGCAUUUUUGUUGUACGGACCACCUGGAACAGGUAAAUCAUACUUGGCCAAGGCUGUUGCUACCGAGGCUGAUUCUACAUUUUUCAGUGUUUCUUCAUCAGACCUCGUUUCGAAAUGGAUGGGUGAAAGUGAAAAGCUGGUUUCAAAUCUUUUUGAAAUGGCUCGCGAAAGUGCACCUUCCAUCAUAUUUGUUGAUGAAAUAGAUUCUCUAUGUGGUACGCGUGGAGAAGGCAAUGAGAGUGAAGCUUCAAGACGAAUUAAAACUGAACUUCUGGUGCAGAUGCAGGGUGUCGGACACAAUGAUCAGAAAGUUCUUGUUCUUGCAGCAACAAAUACACCUUAUGCUCUAGACCAGGCAAUAAGGCGGCGUUUUGAUAAGCGUAUAUACAUUCCACUGCCAGAUUUAAAGGCUCGCCAACACAUGUUCAAGGUGCAUCUAGGAGAUACUCCCCAUAACUUGACUGAAAGUGAUUUUGAACACUUGGCUCGCAAGACAGAGGGGUUUUCAGGUUCAGAUAUAGCUGUCUGUGUGAAGGAUGUUUUAUUUGAACCUGUUCGUAAAACCCAAGAUGCCAUGUUUUUCUUUAAGAGUCCGGAAGGUAUGUGGAUACCGUGUGGACAGAAGCAACAAAAUGCAGUACAAGUUACAAUGCAGGAUCUUGCCACACAGGGACUAGCUUCAAAGAUCCUACCACCGCCUAUAUCAAGAAUCGAUUUUGACAAAGUACUUGCUAGACAAAGGCCCACAGUAAGCAAAUCUGACCUUGAUGUUCACGAGAGAUUCACAAAGGAGUUCGGAGAGGAAGGUUAAUGCUGAUGGAUUUUAUCUCAGAUCCACACUUGUUUAAACAUGUUCAUGAGAGAUUCACAAAGGAGUUCGGAGAGGAAGGUUAUUGCUGAUGGAUUUUAUCUCAGAUCCACACUUGUUUAAACAUAUUGUUAUAAUUUGUAUAAUUGUAAGUUACUGAGCUAUUGGAUCAAGUGAAAUACAUCUUUUUUAUUUAUGGUGGAUGUGAAUUCCCCCCACUUGUAUGGAGCCGGAUACUGAUUUUACUUCUCCUAAAUUGUGUAUAAAAACAGAAUCUGAAAUAAUCAUAAAAAUAAUUUCUGU